AGCUGGGAAGAGAGUACUCUCCGUUCGUUUCGUCAUGAGGGGGCGACUCUAUGGUUUGGCGGUGUGGGGCGUGGCGUGUGCGGCGGGUGCGUCAUGGCGGCGCACCUGAAGAAGCGGGUGUACGAGGAGUUCACUAAGGUGGUCCAGGUGAGCGCGGAGAGCUCCGAGCUCUGUAGGGUGACUCCGCAGCAACAUGAGGACCUGUCUGCUAAGAAACUGCGUCUGACCAAGCCCAGCAAGUCGGCCGCACUCCACGUUGACCUGUGUAAAGCCACCUCGCCUGCAGAUGCCUUGCAGUACCUGCUGCAGUUUGCCAGGAAGCCUGUGGAAGUGGAGAGCGUGGAAGGGGUUGUCCGAAUCCUGCUGGAGCAUUAUUAUAAGGUAGCGAAGGAGAAUGAUGCUUCUGUAAGACUGAAGAUUGCUUCCUUGCUGGGUUUGUUAUCGAAGACUGCAGGAUUUUCCCCAGACUGCAUUGUGGAUGAUGCCAUUAACACGCUUCAGAAUGAGAAGUCUCACCAAGUCCUUGCUCAGCUGCUGGACACCCUGCUGGUGAUUGGCACGAAGCUCCCAGAGAACCCGUCUGUCAGGAUGAGGCUGGUAGAGGUAGCUUGCAAGCAUCUGACAGAUUCUUCCCAUGGUGUAAGAAACAAGUGUCUUCAGUUAAUUGGCUGUCUCGGACCAGUGGAAAAAGGUGUUGCAAAAGAAGCUGAAAACCAGGCUGCCAAAGACGUCCAGAAGAUAAUAGGAGAUCAUUUUAAUGACCAGGACCCUCGUGUUAGGACAGCAGCUAUAAAAGCCAUGCUUCAGCUUCAUGAGAGAGGAUUGAAACUGCAGCAGGCUAUAUAUGGUCAGGCCUGCAAGCUGUUGGCAGACGACUACGAGCAAGUGCGCAGUGCUGCGGUUCAGCUCAUUUGGGUCCUCAGUCAGCUUUACCCUGAAAGCAUUGUCCCAAUUCCUUCUUCUAAUGAAGAAAUUCGGUUGGUUGAUGAUGCAUUUGGAAAAAUUUGUCAUAUGGUUAGCGACGGUUCCUGGGUUGUGAGAGUACAAGCUGCUAAAUUGUUGGGUUCUAUGCAACAAGUGAGCUCCCAUUUCUUAGAGCAGACCCUUGACAAGAAGCUCAUGUCGGAUCUGCGGAGGAAACGCACGGCGCACGAGCGAGCCAAGGAGCUCUACAGCUCCGGGGAGUUCUCAAGCGGCAGGAAAUGGGGAGAUGAUGCUCCCAAAGAAGAAAUCGAUACAGGUGCUGUAAACCUGAUUGAAUCAGGAGCUUGCGGAGCCUUUGUUCACGGCCUGGAAGACGAAAUGUAUGAGGUGCGGAUUGCUGCGGUGGAGGCCCUCUGCAUGCUGGCUCAGUCCUCUCCUUCUUUUGCUGAGAAAUGCCUGGAUUUUUUGGUGGACAUGUUUAACGACGAAAUCGAGGAGGUGAGGCUGCAGUCAAUACACACAAUGAGAAAAAUUUCCCACAAUAUCACGCUGCGGGAGGACCAGCUGGAUACUGUGUUGGCUGUUCUGGAGGAUUCUUCAAGGGACAUCCGAGAAGCUCUUCAUGAACUGUUGUGUUGCACCAACGUCUCAACUAAAGAAGGCAUCCAUCUUGCACUGGUGGAGCUGCUGAAAAACCUAACCAAGUAUCCCACAGACAGAGAAUCCAUAUGGAAGUGCUUAAAGUUCCUGGGGAGCAGGCAUCCCACUCUGGUGCUCCCCCUGGUCCCAGAGCUGCUGAGCACGCACCCGUUCUUUGACACUCCAGAACCAGACAUGGAUGACCCAGCUUACAUUGCUGUUCUGGUUCUGAUUUUCAAUGCUGCUAAAAGUUGCCCAACAAUGCCAGCGCUGUUUUCGGAUCACACGUUCAGACAUUACGCCUAUCUUCGUGACAGCCUCUCUCAUCUGGUCCCUCCGCUAAGACUGCCAGGCAGGAAGCUGGUCUCCUCCCCCAUCUCUCCCAGCAUUACACCACACGAGGACCCUUCCCAGCAGUUCUUGCACCAGAGCCUGGAGAGGGUGUACAACCUCCAGCACCUCGACCCGCAGGGCAUCCAGGAGCUGCUGGAGUUCACCAUUCGUGAUCUUCAGAGGCUUGGAGAGCUGCAGUCAGAGCUGGCAGGGAUGGCGGAUUUCACGGCGACGUACCUUCAGUGUCAGCUGCUCCUCACCAAGGCCUUGCAGGAGAAGCUGUGGAACGUGGCAGCUCCUUUGUACCUGAAACAGAAUGCGUUAGCAUCUGCUGCAGCGAAACAGAUCAUGGAAGAAACUUACAAAAUGGAGUUCAUGUACAGCGGUGUGGAAAGUAGACAGGUGGUCAUCAUUCACCACAUGAGACUGCAAGCAAAAGCAUUACAGCUCAUAGUGACUGCGCGCACUGCCAGAGGAGUGGAACCCCUUUUUGGGAUGUGUGAGAAAUUCCUUCAGGAGGUCGAUUCCUUUCAGAGAUGUUUCAUCUCUGAGCUCCCACAAAUGCAAGGCAGUUUUGUAGAUAAACUGCUGGACUUGAUGCCCAGACUGGUGACAUCCAAGCCUUCAGAAGUGGUCAAGAUUCUUCAGACAACACUGCGGCAAAGUACCUUCCUCCACCUUCCUCUUCCAGAGCAGCUCCACAGAGCUAGUGCAAACAUCAUCGAGCCGACUGGUGAAUCAGAUAACCCCCUGAGGUUUACCUCAGGGUUAGUGGUGGCACUGGAUGUGGAUGCAACUCUGGAACACGUGCAGGAUCCCCAAGGAACCGUUAAAGUUCAGGUAUUGUAUCCAGAUGGACAAGCACAGUUAAUCCAUCCUAAGCCAGCUGACUUCCGAAAUCCUGGUCCUGGAAGGCACAGACUGAUAACUCAGGUCUACCUCUCACACACAGCCUGGACAGAGCCGUGUCAGAUCGAAGUGCGGCUGCUGCUGGCCUACAAUUCCAACAGGAGCAAGGCAGCUGCCAAGAUUGCCAAAUCCACCUGGAACGAGAGCCUGGAGGCUCUGCCGCAGCCGGAAAACGGCAUCGAGGGGACCAUCCCCUUCAGCAAACCUGUCAAAGUGUACAUAAUGCCCAAACCUGCCAGGCGCUGACGUCUGUCACUACAAGAAAUACCUUGAUGGGAUUGUUGGGUUCGAAUUGAAAACAAUACCCUGUGUUCCAAGAUACUGAACCAGCCGAAACCAGCGUUACGCUUCUGGCUUUACAAAAGAUGUCAACCAUAAAAGUAAAGCUGAUGAAGAAGAAUUGGGCUCCUCUGAUACAGAGCAGAUAGACCAAUACAGGAGUUGUUCACAUAAUGAAGGACAGUUUCAAGAAAACGCUGUUUUUUCUACGCUGAAUCAACAAAAUGAAGACAAUUCUCAGUCAGCAUUCCAGCAAUAACUGCAUUGGGCCAAGUCUCUCUUCCUGGCCUCUAGGUUUCUGCUGAAGCUAUUUACUACGUAAAUGCUUAGGCCCAUAAACCCAUGCUUUUGUAAUUCUCUCAAACUUGUGCAUUGGUAUCUGUUUUCUUAGCAAAAGCAAAAAAUAAUUCUCAAGUGCUGUUGUCCUGGUGUAGGAAAUGAAUCUCCAAGUGGAACUGCCAAUGGCUGCAGGCUAAGUCCUGAGAUGGGCCCUGUACAGCUGUGCUGGAGCUGGGACAGUUGGGGGAGGGCACGGGUUGUUAAUGCUGGGAGUUGGUGCAAGCAGGAGAAGUGCAGUGAGCAGGACACAGAGUUCAGCUGAGUUCCAGCGGCACAACAGGGUCUUCCCUUGUUUGGUUUACAUAAAGUGGAGCUGUAUAUAUGUAUCUCUGAAUUGUAAUCCCCUUUCCUUCGCAUAUUUGUAUGCCUUUAGAAACAAUGCCAUUAAACAGCGUGGGUUGAAGGAAAUGAUAAGCCCACGUUCAGCUCCUUUUUAUGUGGCCCUCUGUUCUCAGAGGAGCUGGUACUUGCUGAGCACACGACACUUCUGGCCCCGCUGGUGGAAAGAGAGAGAGCUUCUGGGGGAAGGAGGCAUAGUGGCUAAACAAAGCAGUGAAGAAGUUUGUUUCAGUUGCACAGAGAUGAGUAUAAAUAGUUAUCCAAAACUCAUUAUGGGCUUUCCUACAAUAAAAUUGGAAAAGUGAUCCUAAUCUGUUUAUUACAAGAGUAAAUGGUCUAAUGAGAGAUUACUGGGAGGCUUUUGUGAUACAUGUUGCUAUUUUUAAUUUUUUAGACUAACAGUUUUAUGGUUACGAGUCUUCAGCCCAAAACAUAGUUGGCUGCUUUAGGUAUUCUUAAAUGAAAUAGCAGGAAAAGGAAAAAAAACCCUGUUGCAAACUGGUUUUUGUGUUUCACCUUUAGGGCACUGGCUUGAAAAGCUGCACGUGUAGCUGCUGAGUUGCUACCGUUGGAAUUCAGCAUCCUCAGUUCAGUUCCCCGUGGGCAGAGGUUGAUGCACGUUAGAAACUGCACCCCUAUAACUGUUCCCAGUCUCCUAAUGAGAGUACAUGGAUUUCAUCUGCGAGGUCUUCUCCAACCUCUGUGAUGCUUUCUGAUUCUGUUUGGGCUUUUCUGCUGAACGCUGACGUGAGGGCUGCGGGUUAGCGGUUUGAAAAUGUGUUGCCAUGCUGACCUUUAAGUUAAUUAAACAUGGCUUUGUGUGCCUUUUAA